UUAGCUUCUGUCAGUCUCCAACUCUCAACAGAAGCCGAGAGAAAUAAAUCUCUCUCUCUCUCUCCUUCGUCUUCUUCUCUCUUCGUCGCGUCGCGUAUCCUCUUGCUCUGUGCUCCCAGUGGCAGAUUCGUGAACACUGUAGAUAUCGUUGCCGUUCCUCAGCAGCGAAGGUCACACUGGUCGGAGCUUUGUUCGUGGUGGGAACAAGAACGACUCGACAAGGCGAAGAAUCUGUUCAAUCUGGCUUUCAGAUCCGAGGUUGUGUACUGAGGUUCUUUGUUGUGCGAUUUCUCCGUUAAUGGACUGGUGCUUCUGCACGGACCGGAAUUCGCGGUUUCAUGGUUUUUCGGGUUAUGUAGUUCGUUGUUUUGACGUUUCGUAGAGCUGCAAGAGAGAUUGAGUUCAGUUGAUAAUAAGUGGUAAUAGUGAAUUCCUGACGUGAUGGGAGGGCUUUGCUCGAGGAGUUCCUCUGUAAAUAAUGCUCCCGGUGGAAGCUUUCCACAUGUUAAUGGCAAUAUCAAUGGUGGGUCUGAAGUGGUUUUCCAGUCCCGUGAACUUGCAUCGAAAGAAUACGGCAAUGGCAAUGGCAAUGCUUCUGGGGUGAGGGAAGACAGGGAUAAGCAGCAGGCAGAAUCGUUUUCAUUUCCGGAUUUGAAUGUAUUAGCUGAUGGAGCUCAUCCCCAAGAUAUUGAUGAUGGAAUUCCCCGCCUUUCUAGGGUUCGUUCGCAUAAAUCUAGAUCAACCAAGUCCAGAGAGGCUGCUGUGGCAAAGGUUUCAGAAGUAAGCUCUCUUCUAGGCAGGGCUGGUACGGCAGGGCUCGGGAAGGCAGUGGAGGUCUUGGACACACUCGGGAGUAGCAUGACGAAUCUGAACCUUAGCGGAGGAUUUACCUCCGGGGUUACGACAAAAGGGAAUAAAAUUUCAAUUUUGGCUUUCGAAGUUGCAAACACAAUCGUUAAAGGUGCCAAUCUUAUGCAGUCUCUCUCAAAAGAUAGCAUUAGGCAUUUGAAAGAGGUAGUGUUACCCUCUGAAGGGGUCCAAAACUUAAUAUCAAAAGAUACGGAUGAACUUUUGAGAAUAGCUGCGGCAGAUAAAAGGGAAGAGUUAAGAAUUUUUUCUGGAGAGGUGGUGCGUUUUGGGAACCGUUGCAAGGAUCCUCAAUACCACCACCUUGAUCGUUUCUUUGAAAGGUGGGGCUCUGAGCUUACACCUCAGAAACAAUUGAAGCAAGAAGCGGAAACCACAAUGCACCAUUUGAUGACUUUGGUUCAUUAUACAGCUGAUUUGUAUCAUGAGCUCCAUGCGUUGGACAGAUUUGAACAAGAUUACCGCCGUAAGCUCCAGGAAAAGGAGAAUCCAAACACUUCACAAAGAGGUGUCGGAGACGGUCUUGCAAUCUUGAGAGCUGAGCUAAAGAGUCAGGGGAAGCAUGUAAGAAAUUUGAAGAAGAAAUCGCUUUGGUCUAAGAUCUUGGAAGAGGUGAUGGAGAAACUUGUUGAUAUUGUCCAUUUCUUGCAUUUGGAAAUCCAUGAAGCAUUUGGUGCCGCUGAUUCCGACAAGCCAGUAAGUGAUUCUUCUUGCAAACGUAGUAGAAAGUUGGGCUCCGCUGGCCUUGCAUUACAUUACGCAAACAUCAUUACCCAAAUUGAUACUCUUGUGUCCCGGUCUAGCUCUAUGCCUGCAAGCACAAGGGACGCUUUGUACCAAGGGUUACCUCCGAGUAUAAAAUCUGCAUUACGCUCCAAAAUACAGUCCUUCCAGGUUAAGGAAGAGCAGCUAACCAUUCCCCAAAUAAAAACCGAAAUGGAGAAAACACUGCAGUGGCUUGUUCCAAUUGCUACGAACACAACCAAAGCGCAUCACGGGUUUGGAUGGGUCGGAGAAUGGGCAAAUACCGGGUCGGAGACGAACCAGAGGCCUGGGGGCCAAACCAUACUAAGGAUAGAGACCCUUCACCACGCCGAUAAAGAGAAAACCGAGGAAUACAUACUGGAACAAGUGGUAUGGCUUCAUCAUCUGGUCAGCCAGAUCAGGACCACCACCGGCGGGCUAAGAUCUCCGGUGAAAUCUCCGAUGAGGUCACCGGCCACUCAGAAAGCGAUCCAAAUCUCGACCAUUUCCCACAAAUCGAGCCCAUCCUCGCCACCGAUACUAACAAUGGAGGAUCAAGAGAUGCUUAGGGACGUGAGCAUGAGGAAAAAGACGCCCGGAAUAAGCAAGAGCCAGGAAUUCGAGACGGCGGCAAAAUCACGGCGGCUGUGUAAGCACCACAGGCUUAGCAAGAGCAGCAGCUACUCGCCUAUGAUGGGUGGUGAGAUGAAGAGCAAGAAGGACCCUUUUCCGAUCAGGAGACCUUCUUCUGUUCCGAUCAUAGAUUUCGACAUUGAUCGGAUGAAAGCCCUCGAUGUCAUCGACCGUGUCGACACUAUACUCUAGCCUGUAGUUCAACACCAUUUACACGAUUCAGGUACGCCCCCCCUUCGUGGAUCUUUCGUAUGGAUCCUGCGAAGCUUGAUGUCCAUAUCCAUCACGGAACACGACAUCGUUUCGCUGAUUUGGAUUUCAGAGACUGUCAAUGUUUGUUGGGUUGUAGCAAUGUGAAACGGGCAGCGAUGUAAUGUGGUUGCUGUGUUGUUCUGUAAUGUCUUAUGUUGCCUUUUCUUCCCUUUUUUUCCUUAAAAAAAUAUUUUUUUUUUAACUUUUUUUUUUUUUUUUAAUUGUUGUAGCUCUAUUGUAUGUACAAUAUACUCCCAGUGCAUCAGCAUGGUCAUAUCAUCAUUUUCCCAAUAAAGGCAAGGGGAAACUCUUUAUCCA